AUGCAAAACUCGAUCUGCACGAACGUCAUCUCGUUCAAGGGGGGAGCAACGGUCGAUCAGGCCAAACCUUGUAGCGAUCUCCUUGUUAUUGAGUUAACGAUUCGUAGCAUCGAUAUCGCUAGGGUAUUAAUCGAUACUGGAAGUUCGGUUGAUAUCAUCUUCAAAGAUACUCUCGAGAAGAUGAAGAUCGAUCCGUCCGAAAUCGUUGAAAAUCCUAGCCCGCUAGUGGGACUCUCGGGAGAAGCCACUAUAGCUUUCGGGUCGAUUAAUCUUGCGGUCAAAGCUGGGACCAUGACGAAAGUCUUAGAGUUUCUAGUUGUAGACCGCCCCGCGUCUUACAACGUUAUCAUGGGUACGCCGUGGUUGAAUUCCAUACGCGCGAUCCCAUCAACAUAUCACCUUUGCCUCAAAUUCCCAACCCUUAACAGAAUCAAGGUAAUAUGGGGAAAUCCGAGAGUAUCGCAGAUCAAUGCAUUGAUCGAGAUUGCUUCGCCCAAGAAUAAGCGAGAAGUCCAGAGAUUGACCGGUAGAGUCGCAGCACUUAACCGAUUCAUAUCACGGUCAACGGACAAGUGCUUACCUUUCUACGAUAUCCUACGGGGGGAUAAAAAAUUCGAAUGGUCAGAAGAGAGCGAAUACGCUUUUCAACAGCUGAAACGAUACUUGGCCACUCCUCCAGUUCUCGCCAAACCCGUCAAAGGAGAACCCUUGAUCCUAAAUAUCGCAGUAUCAGCAACGGCUGUUAACGGCGUCCUGAUUAUGGAAGAGCGCAGCGAACAAAAACUUAUCUUUUACAUAAGCAAAACCUUGCUAGAUGCUGAGUCAAGGUAUCCGCUGAUGGAAAAACUAGCAUACGCAGUCGUAACAUCAGCGCGAAAGCUAAGAUUGUAUUUCCAAUCCCACACGAUCGUCAUCCUCACGACCUUCCCCCUACUGACGAUUUUGCACAGCCCAAUUCAGUCGGGCCGACUAGCCAAAUGGGCAGUCGAGUUGAGCGAGUACGAUAUCGAAUACCGACCGAGAACAAGUUCGAAAUCCCAAGUACUCGCAGACUUCUUAGUCGAACUACCACCGGGGACCGUGACCAACAAGGAACCAAAUUCGACCUGGUUCCUUCACGUUGACGGAUCAUCAUCCAAGCAAGGAUCAUGCAUCGGAAUCCGCCUCACGUCACCGACCAGUGAGAUCCUAGAACAAUCGUUCAGACUGGGAUUUCACGCAUCCAACAACGAGGCCGAGUACGAAACACUCAUUGCAGAGCUACGCUUAGCUCACGGAUUGAAGAUACGCAACAUCCAUGCCUACUGUGAUUCUCAGCUAGUCGCAAGUCAAUAUAGCGUAAAAUACGAAGCAAGGGACGAAAGAAUGGAUGCAUAUCUCAAAUUGGUCCAGAAUUUAGCCCAAGAAUUUGACUGUUUCUCUCUUACGCGAAUCCCCCGUUCCGAAAAUUUCCAAGCCGAUGCUCUCGCGGCCCUGGCAUCAAGUUCUGACCCAGGUCUUGAAAGAGUGAUUCCGGUCGAAUUCAUUGAACACCCGAGUAUCGAACCACCAAUCGUCAUCAACCUCAUCAGGGAUCAAGAUGACGAUGUAGACGAGGUCGCAAGACAGCCGGAUGAGAGAUCAGAACAAUCUGACUACGGCUACGAUACGCCAUGGCUGGAAACGAUUCGCGCCUACAUCACCGAUGGGAAAUUACCUCCCAAAAAAUGGGCGGCCGGCAAAAUCCGAACGCAGGCCGCGCGUUACGUAACGGUCAACGGCGAAAUUUACAAAUGGAAACUUUCCGGACCACUCAUGACGUGUUUGGAAGGAGAAAUGGUGAGAAACGUCAUGGAAGAAGUCCAUUCUGGAUCCUGCGGAAACCAUUCCGGUGGAAGGUCACUAGCAGUAAAAAUGAAACGCCACAGAUACUAUGGGCCAACGAUGAUCGGGGAUUGUAAGAAAUUCGCCCGAAAAUGCGAAAAAAGCCAAAGGCAUGCUCCGACCAUCCGACAACCAGCAGAAGUUCUUUCUUCCAUCACGUCACCACACGGAGUUCCGUACGAGAUCGUAACUAACAACGGAUCUCAGUUCAUCUCCACCCGAUUCGAAGCAUUCUGCGAAAAACGGAAGAUACGACUAAACAAGUCGACUCCCAGAUAUAUCCACAAUGCAAUGGCCAAGCCGAGACAAUCAAUAAGACCAUUCUAG